ACUCCGCCACGGCAUCUAUCCCGACAGCUGGGGCAGGGCCGUCCACUCCUGCUAGGGAUGGGCCGCAGCAGAGAGGACACGAACCCUGGCACCCGAAACCAGAUCAGUCCUUCCCUGAGGGUCAGAAAACUCUGGGACCCGUCCCCCGUGUUAUUUUCACUGGGUCCGACUCCACGGCACCUGGGGGCACUCCUCCCCCCCCGCUCCACAGACGUGUACUCGUGUUUUGUCGGUGCGACGUGGGCUCAAAGCCCAGCCCCACCCCCAGGCAGGAGGGGCCGAGCGGGAAUGUCUGCAUGGCUGGCGUGAGCACACGUCCGUGGACCCUGGGGCAGUGGAGACUCGCCCACGGCAGCCUCUGGCCAGCAGAAGAGCCCCAAGAGCUGCCAGCCUCAGUGCUCGUGGGCUGGCCGGGAAUUUCCCCCCCAGCAGGAGCGGACAGAUGCAGCUGGCUGGCCGUCCACGUGUCCCUGGCUUUCCCCCUGGUCGCAGGCAUCCUUUUCAUCCCAGCCGUGGCCAACCUCCUGCUGGCCAGCUUCACGGACCCUGGGAUCCUUCACCGAGGGGCCGAGGGCCGGGCCGAGUUAGUGAUCCGGGCGCUUCGGGUCAAGGAGAGCCGCUUCGACCUGCACUGGUGCCGGAAGUGUCACUACUACUGCCCGCCACGGACCUUCCACUGCCCCUGCUGCAACGUCUGCGUGGAGGAGUUCGACCACCACUGUAAGUGGCUGAACAACUGCAUUGGCUGCCGCAACUUCCGCUUCUUCUUCCUGUUCGUGGCCUUCCUGUGCAGCUACAACGUGGUGAUUCUGGCUUCAUGCAUCACCUACCUGGUGCUCAACUUCCACCAGGCCUACGGCGCCGAAAAGAUCUGUGCCAUCAUGGUGACCAUCCCGGCCACUCUCUACCUGCUGCCCCUCCUGAUCCUGGUGGGAUCCCAGGCCAGUUUCAUCACUCUGGCUAAACGCACCUAUGAGCUCAAGCUUCGCGAGGCGGGCAGAGCGAAUCCCUUCGACCUGGGAUGGGCCAGGAACUGGUACGCGGCCCUGUGUGCCCCACAGGGACCAAAGUACAUGGUUCGAGCCGCCAAACCAAAGGCAGCGACCUGCAGAAGCAGGAAGGCAUCUGUGGCCCGGCUCCUUCCCCAGAUGUCACGUCUGAACACAGCAUCUGCUGGACUCUCAUCCCACCACUGCCCCCAGGACGUGCCUGGCCAGGGGAGAGCAGCCAAGGCUGACGCCAAGAGGACCUGGUGCCCGGCAAGCCCAGAGAGGAAGGCGAACACGGCGAUGAGAGUCCCAGGCAUGGCUGAGUGGCCAGCGAUGGCGGAUGGUGGAGGAGGUGCGCACUGGAAAUCCCAAAUACACAUCAGCAGCAGAGUGGUCUCGCCCACGGCCGCGCUCCUUUCAGUGUCUGAAAUUUAAAGGGACCCCUGAUGGCAGCUCCUUGUAUUCCAGGUACAAAGGUUCCCCAAGAGAAAACCCUGGACAAACUGAUGAAUAAAGUUUCUAUC